AUGCUUGAUCCUUUCUUGGGAACCUGGAAACUUGUUUCUAGUGAAAACUUCGAUAAUUACUUGAAAGAAUUAGGAAUGAGCUUUGCGGCCAGGAACGUUGGAGGGUUAGCAAAGCCCACUGUAACUAUCAGUGCUAAAGGUGAGAUGUUCACCAUCAAAACUAACAUGGUCAGAAUCACAGAGAUCUCCUUUAAGCUGGGGCAGGAGUUUGAUGAGACCACGGCAGAUAACCGGGAAGUGAAGAGCAUCAUAACAUUGGAAAAUGACACCCUGGUCCAUGUGCAGAAGUGGCAAGGCAAGGAAACCACAAUCAAAAGAAAAAUUGUGGAUGGGAAAAUGAUGGUGGUAUGCACCAUGAAUAAUGUUGUGAGCACUAGAAUCUACGAGAAGAUAUAA